AUGAAAAGGCGCAAUCCUGCACUUCAAGUCAUCCUAGCCAUUGGUGGCUGGGCUUUCAACGAUGAAGGUCCUACUAGGAGUGCCUUCACCAACGCCGCAGCUACUCCCAGCUCCCGUAAAGCAUUUGCUGAAAGCAUAGUUGCAACUCUACGAAAAUAUGGUCUCGAUGGAAUCGACCUUGAUUGGGAAUAUCCUGGUGCCGACGAUCGUGGCGGCCGUCCUGAAGACUUUGAAAACUACGUGUACUUGCUUCGGACUAUCAAACUACAUCUGGAAGAAGCCGAUCCAUCAUAUGUUCUUUCCAUUGCUAUCCCUGCUUCCUACUGGUAUCUACAGCAUUUCGACUUGAAUAGCAUGCAACAUUCAGUCGAUUGGUUCAAUAUCAUGACAUAUGACAUCUAUGGCAAAUGGGACCAGUACAACGAAUGGACAGGCCCCUAUGUUUUCGGUCACACAAACACUACAUCGAUCAACAUGGGCUUGGAUCUUCUCAGGCGCAACGAUGUAGAUCUCUCAAAAGUCAACCUCGGAAUGGGCUUCUACGGUCGGUCUUUCACACUCUCCGAUCCAAAGUGUAAUGAGCCUGGAUGUGUCUUCAGUGAUGCGGGUGAAAAAGGAGAAUGCUCAGGCGAAGCCGGAAUUCUUACCUACAAAGAGAUCAUGGCUCGCCAGAACCGAUUCAACGAGAAAAGCAUCAAUUAUGUGAAGGAACACGGCGUCACCUACAUGGUUUAUGAUGAUAACCAGUGGAUUGGUUACGAUGACGCGAAAAGCUUCGCAAAGAAGCGUGAAAUUCUCGACAACGACUGUCUCGGCGGCGUGAUGAUCUGGGCUAUUGACCACGACACACCGGAUUUCCAGGCUCUAUCCGGCCUCCUCGGCGAUGAAUUUGUACAAGGCGCUUUGAUUGAGGGUGGUACCAUGGGUGACGCCGAGCGAGAGGCCCUGGCUGAAAAACUUGGCGGAUUGACGGGCGAUUCUUGCUACGUAACAAUGGGCUGUUCAGGUCCCGGAAGCAAUAACAAAUUUGCCACAUGCAAAGCCGGACAUAUUGCUGUGGAGAAGGUCCAUUCGCCAGGAGGGAACCCCACAAACGUGUACAAGACGGCCCUCUUACAUGAGGUCGAGUCCUGUCCCAAAGGCCAGUGGAAGACUGUCUGCUGCCCAGCAAAGAGUCCGGCAAUCAACUGCAAAUGGGUAGGCGCACCUGAAAGAAGCUCGAUUUACUGCGAUGGGGGGCGCGAAGAGGAAACUUGCGGAGCUGGGAGAUACGAACUUGUGACGGAUCGUUACAUGGCCUCGACAGGAGGAGCUGUUUGCGCCAGCGGAGCAAGAUCACUCUGCUGCGACUCUGCUCCCGAGCUUCAAAAGUGUUCCUGGACCGAAUGUCAGGAGGAGAAGAAGUGCCCUACUGGGGGUUAUCUUACAUUCCGUGGUAACGAAGGAGGCGGCAAGGCCUGUCCUAAAGGACAAACACAGUCUUUCUGUUGCCCGAUCGCUGGAAUUUACACCGAUUGUAGCUGGGCGCCUGUGGUCGAGAAGACAAAAGUGGUUGAUGGGAUCGAAAUGGUCAUGAUGAAUACCAUGCAGCAGUGCAUGAGCACUGAGUGCUCGAAAGAUCAAAUCACCAUAGCAAAAGCGACCCUCCCUGAGCGGCCCGGUGGCUAUCCAGCCCCAUGUGGAUCAUACAACUCAGGCUUGCAACACCGUUUCUGCUGCAACCCACCGCGAGAUGUUGACCUCCCCUUCGAUCUCAAAAAGAUUUUCCCGGAUCCCAAUGGAGGCGAUGUUGCAUACCAGUACAAGGACAACUAUGGCAACAACAACAAGGAUCCAAAUGGCCUCGACGACGAUGAAGUGGGCGACGAUCCAUACGGCUUUGUUCUCCUCGAUGGAGACGAGGAGGCGUUGCAAAGCAGGUUCGCACGCGAUUUUGAGUUUGUACAUGAGGACGAUGGUACAGGAAAGCCUUUGAAGAAGCGAACGACAUUGACGCGCGAAGAUCCUAACCUUCUCGAUUGGACAUUCGAACACGAGGAGUCAUCGCACCUAGUCUAUUGUCGUCUCAAUCGAGAGGACUUGUGCGAUAAAAUAUUCCAUGGAAAUGCCAAGGACACGAUCAUCAGUCUGCCUCGUCACAUCGGCUCUGGUCCGUUCGCACGUAUCGUGUCGAUGGAGCGUGUUGAGGAGUCUCUGCUGACGGAGCAUCAUCUGCGCAAAAGGGCUUCUGAAAACCAUUCGUCGGCUGUUUACAGACUUGUGUUCGACUAUGACUUCGCGGCGAUCAAGCGUGAGGACUCUACGGUCAAUAUCCGGAUAGAUUACACCAAUCUGAUUCCUUACUGGGAUGAAAUGACUGGCGAAGAGUCCCCCAAAGGCACUAGCAAGCGUAGCCUUGAGAAAAGAUGGUGGGGCUCUUAUGUCGACUGGCUCAAGAAGCUCAGCACGGUGCGAGCAAGCGAUGAAGGUAAGCUGCCGAUGAGCAUUCAUAAGAAGAUGACCUUGUAUCGGAAGCGAGCGUCUUGUGCGAGAGGCAACACGCGUCUAAAGGCCGGGCUGGAUGUCAUUCUCGAUUCCAAGAUUGAUAUGAACGCCCGAUGGGCGUACUACGCUCAAGGCACAAUUGUGCCCCUGAAGGUUGAUGAAGUUUACACAUAUUUUGAGAUGGAGCCCGUUGUAGAAGCGGUGCUUGAGGUUUCGGGCAACGCAGAAGUCGAGUAUCGUAUGAAAGAGCCCAUCAAAAUCAUCGACACCCUUGCCUAUCCUGGUCUUGCCGUCAAGGGUAUCGCUGCAAUUGGACCUACGCUUGAUCUUUUGGGAGAGAUGAGAGCAAAGGCAACAAUUGCCGGCCAGAUCAGGGCAGGCGCAAAGAUCACAUUCCCACGAUACGAAACCUAUUUUCCACAGGUCCCAGAGGCCAAAGACUAUCAAAAGUUCCCAACACCCAGCACAGACCAAGAACAGGCGUCCCAAGGAACAGACUUUACCCCUAUUCUUGAUGCUUCUGUCCAAGCAUCCGUCGGUGUCGAUAUUUUGCUUACACCAAUGGUCAACCUUGGAAUUAAAGUCAAUCAUCCUAAGGUGAAGGGUGACAUCGUGAGCGCACAGAUUCAAGGUUUCGUCAACAACACCUUCCGCUUCGAAGUCUCAACAAAAGCAGACGCUGGGGUCGGAGCUAACCCGGCAGCAUCCUACAACAUUUUCAUCAAGUAUAUCUACAACUUUGGAAUCGGUGGUGCGGCAACAUUCAAGUGGUUGGGCGACUACGCUCUACGCCCUCUGCAACUCUGGCCCGGGGAAGGCCGCCAGAAGAUUCUGUACGAGCACCACGGCGAAGUGGCUCUUGGAAAACGCAAUCCAUUCAUCUCGGACGGAGAAUACUCUGAGAAGUUUGAGCCCAUAUACAACUCGAGCUACGCCUUCUUUGACGACAUCUCGGAAGGCGUGGACCUGUCUGGUGGCGCCCUAGGACACUUGAACAAACGAGCCGAAGGAGAUGAGAAGACUCCCCUUGAUGAAGAUACGACGAGUCUUUUCACCUGCAACGACGGUGGAACAUGCAAGGAAGGUAAUUGCAACGGUGAUGCCUGCCAAUGGACGCCUGGGCAGAAGACGAAAAAGCGUCAGAAUAGUGACGACGACGAUGAUCCGAUGGACGUUGACACUAAUUCGCCGUGCACUAACUCGAUCCCUGCAUUCAUGUACAACUGCAAAUACUUUCCCGACAUCAAUACAGAUGGCUUCGAGUUCCUCGGGAUCUGCCACAACAUCCUGAACUAUUUCCAGGAUUUCCAGGGUGGAGGCUCUGGUCCGUUUUAUGGAACCUUCCACCAUGGACGUUCUGGAGAUGAUUCCAAUCGGGCAGCCGUCUGCGGAUCUAAAUCGAAAACCACUUAUGCUUCAGUUGAUGAGGACGGUGAUUAUUCAGAGGUUACAGGGCCGUGGGACGCUCGCUGCGUUGCCGAGUCGAACUUUUAUGCAAGAUCGGCUAAGAAGAAUGAGGGUCGUCCCGGUAAUACCAAUUGGUUGAGUUGCGACGAGUUUCCGUUCAAUGCGUUGGAAGAAGGUGGCAAUCCAAGCCGUAAUGCGAGAGCGUGCGUGCCCGGGUACCAACAGGACAUUCAAGGGAAUGCGAACCAGGUCCUGAACGGGAUCUCACAGGAGGUCACCUGGACAGAUAAUGCUGGCAAUAAAAAGACAGCCAGGAAAGCUUGGAGCAUCGAUUGGCGAAGCUCAAGCGCUGUUGGCAGGAACAAUAAUCCUAACAAGGACGCGGCAUGGAACUGGGCGCUGAACAACAACAAGGAGUUCACGAUGCAUUUGUUCGACUCUGAUUCAGACCGAGAUGCCAAAGGUAAUGCAUACAGCAUCUUCGAGCAUGACCUUAGGGGCGCUCCUUCUCAAGGCGAUCCUCCCACUGCAUUUCAAACAGACAUGGGCAGAGUAGUAUCAGCCGUCAACUUCCUGGAGAACUCAAAGUACUCAGCAGAUUAUAAUGCUUGGUGCACCACUGGAGAAACCAGGAACCAUGAGUUGUGGGGAGAUUUUAUUAGAAUCGCGCGGUGUAACGUCAUCUUCGACAACAACGCUGCGAUGAGAAAGAUCAAGAGGGGAGAAGAACCCACUCGAGAUGAGAUUUUCAAUGUCAAGAGUAUCGAGAUUCCGGAAGAUGGGGAAAGUGUCGACAUACAAAUCGGAAUCAGUUCUCGGGGCGAUGAUGGCGAGAAUAAUGACACACAAAGAACGGCUGGGCGUCGCGAUCACCAGCGUCAUUUCAAACGCCAUAUGACAGGCUUCUCCAAACGCCACGGACAUUGA